UUAUUUGCAAAUAAACGUCUUCAUUUCGAUCCUGCUCAGAGAAACGGCCCACCGUGUGGAUCCGUGCCGCCUCUGAUAUUGCAAUCGGAUGGCGGUUAACUUGCUGAGCUGAAUAUAACUUUAAACGGCAUACGUGGAGUGUCAGACUAAUUAUAGAGGACGCCAAUAAUCCCAUCCGACACUACAGAGAUCCCUGAGCACUGGCGGCGCAGGAUAAGGAGAGCGAGCAUGCGGCCAGGCGAGCGGUACCAGCCUUGCUGAGCAUUUGGAUCCGACACCGCAAUCGAGUGAAGGCUCCGCUCUUUCCUUCCCAGAUUUUCAUGCCAUUGAUGGGAUUUUAAUCGUGUCCAAAAGAAGCCGCGUUGGGUCCGAACAAAGUCAAGAAUGCCAAAGCUUACCGGGAGCGCAUCUGACAGAUAUUAACGUUUUCGUUAAGAAUAUACGCCUCGCACAAGUUUGCCGGUGUGAUUGCACAUUUCUCGACUCUGCCCUGCUGGAUUGAGAUGGUGCAAUGUCCCGGGCACGGCUCCUUCGCGUUCACUUCUGGUCCGCUCUGGUGGCCACGGCGUUACUGCUGGUAGCACCCUGCGUAAAAGCGCACAGCUGUCACGAAGUGAAGACCGCCUUUCAACUGCGCCACAUCGGACCCUUGAAGUGGGUACCUGAGGCUCCUGGCACAGAUGCUGACUUGCAGAUCUGCAAGCACCAGGGCCCCACCUGCUGCACCCGCAAGAUGGAGGAGAGCUACCAGGCGGCCGUGCGGAGGGAGACCCUGCAGAACAUCCGCUCCUACAGCUUUGAGCUGAAGUACCUGAUCAUGGGCCAUGCCACCAGCUUCCAGGACACCUUCCAGUCACUGGUCUCCUUCGCCAUGAACCAUACGCUGGCGCUCUUCGACACUGCCUACCAGCCACUGGCGCGGGACGCACGACCCCCGAUGGCGGGCCUCUUCGGCGACCUGGCGCUUUUCCUGCAGGGUGGCGCUGUGACAGCGGAGGGCGCUGUGGGCCGCUUCUUUGACGAGCUCUUUCCAUUGGUGUACGGGCGGCUGUUGACCCCGGGCUCACCUGCUCCGGUGGCCCAGCGGGCUGAGUGCCUGCGCGCCACUCGCCGGGACCUGAGUCCAUUCGGGCCGCACCCACAGGCGCUGGCGGCAGAGCUGGAGCGGGCGCUGCGUGCAGGCCGGGCGCUGAGCCGGGCGUUGGCGGCGGGCGCAGAGGCCCUGAACGCCACGGAGAGCGCGGUGCUGUCUCGGGAGUGCGGCCGCGCUCUGGUGCGCAUGCAGUACUGCCCUCACUGCCGUGGGCUCACACUGGUGCGGCCCUGCGCCGGAUACUGCCUCAAUGUGAUGCGUGGCUGCCUGGCUGGCCUCUCGGAGCUGGACGCGCCCUGGCGCCGCUACGUCGCUGUCCUCGAGGGCCUCACUGGGGCCCUGGCCGGGGCCCACGACCUGGAGCUGGCACUGCUGGGCAUCCGUGAGCAGGUCAAUGAGGCCAUCCUGUACACGCAGCUGCAUGGCCCGCGCAUCAGCGCUACCGUGGAUAAAGUAUGUGGUCAGAACAGCGAGGCGUCUUCAGCAGCGAGCACGUCCCAGCCGCCGCCAGCGACUUCCUCUUUAUCUCCCCCUAAUCCCAGGCAUGAAGCCCCAUUGGAUCGACUGGCACACCUGAAGAGCUCACUACCUCUGAAACCCUCCAAGAAUGAUAAACCUAGGAGUGUGAAAAAGAUCUCUAGGGAAUUCAUGAGCUACAUCCAGCGCUACAGGACGUUCUUUGCCACGCUGCCGGAGAUGCUGUGCGAGACGGAGAUGGUGGACGAGUUCUGGACCUGCUGGAACGGUGAGGAAGUGGUGGAGAGCUACUCCGGACGAGUGGUGGGCAGUGGACUGCAGGCCCAGAAGCUGAACCCAGAGAUCAAGGUGCGCAGCGCAGACCCGGUUCUGCUGGAGCUGAAGGAGAAGCUCGAGCUCUUUAAUCAGGAGAUGGUCGGUGAGGCAACACUGGUGCGGAGUAGCGGGGUGUGGCUAGAGGCGGGCAGUGGGGUGCCGGACGCCAGUGGCGAGUGUGACGACGAAGAUGGUUGCCAGGGCUCCGGGUUUGUUGCCGCCGCAGAGGACGAAGACGGCAUCGACACCUUCCACAGCAAGGGGGACGUCCCGCAGGAAGGACCCCCCUCCAGAGAGCCCCCGGCGCCCCCCCACGGUCCGCAUCCCGAAAGAUGGUUCUGCUGCGCCCCACACUUGUGCCCCCGACUCCAUGCUGCUCUUGCUGGCUGCCACCCUCUUCCUGCUGGUGUCACAAAUGCAGUGUCACCUGCUCUGAGGGGGGUGUCCACGGGAUUCACCCCUGCCCCCCCUCCCCCUGCCGCUGUGAGAUGGACUGCAACACCGGAGCUGAAGGCUGGAUGGGGCUGGACUGGGGGUGGGGGGAGGGGUCAUCUUUCCUUGCUGCUUUUCCUGGACUCUGUUCUCAUUGGCUGGGACCCCAGUGGGUGUGGUUUGGGGGGGGCAGGGGGGUCAAUGACAGCCAUGUUUGCAAUUUGCUCUCAGGUAGCUGACCGCAUGUAGGGAGGGGGCCACUUCCCCCCCCACCCCCAUGCCUUCCUGAAACCCCCCCACAACCACAGGCCACAGUUACUCCUUAUAGCCUCAUAGCGCUACAUGCUAACGCGCUUCCCGACACCACAG